CCCCCGGCGGCCCCGCCCCCGCCCCGCCCGCUUCCCGCGCCCAUAAGUGGGGGCGGCGGCCGCGCCCCACGGAACAGCCGCGAUGUGGGGCCGGGCCGGGGGGGCAGCGCCGGGGGGGCUGCGGGUCCUGCUGCUGCUGCUGCUGCCGCCAGGCUCUAUGGGGCUGCAGUGCCUGCACUGCGGGUCGGACGCCGGCAGCUGCCGAGGGGCGGAGCUUGUCAUCUGCCCCACAGGAAGUGACGUCUGCGUCGAGGCCCUGGGGGCGGUGGCCUGGAGCCACGGGCGGUUCUGGCUGGGGGGGCGGGGCUGUGGGCGGGGCCAGCCCGGAAGCCACGCCCGCGCGCUGCAGCUGGCCGGGCUCGUGCUGUUUUCCCGCCGGCGCCACUGCCGGGAGGGGCGGGGCUGCAACGCGGAACUUCCGCUCGGGCAGGAAGAGGCGCUGCCAGAUGUCGCCCCCGCCAGCCCGGCCCCGCCCAAUGGGCUGCGCUGCUUCGGUUGCCCGGACGACGGCGCGUGCUCCCGCCCCCGGGUGGUGCCGUGCGCCGGCCCCCAGCGCGCCUGUUUCCACGGCAACGCCACCCUCACCCUGGGCGGCCGGCGGCUGUGGCGCGAGGUUCGCGGCUGCGCCAGCGACGCCAACUGCUCGGAGUCGGCGCGGGGGGACGGGGACGCGGCGCUGAGCGGCUCCUGUUGCCAUGGCGACCUCUGCAACGGGCCCCCCGGCCUCUUCCAGCCCCACCUGCCCCGCCUGCAGCUCCUCCCCCACGGCCACGCCCACACGGCCACGCCCACCGGCCCCAGCAAGAUGGCCGCCACCCCCAAGAUGGCCGCCACCCGCGCCAACAUGGCCGCCGGGGGCAGCGGCGUCAACGGUGAUGUCAUGGGGGUCAACGGUGAUGUCAUGGGGGUCAACGGUGAUGUCAUGGGGGUCAACGGUGAUGUCAACGGUGAUGUCAGUGGUGGGAAGGAUGACGCCAAUAUGGCCGCCGGGGGCGAUGGUGAUGUCAUCAAGGUCAAUGGUGAUGUCAUCGAGGUCAAUGGUGAUGUCAUCAGGGUCAACGGAAGCAACAUGGGGGUCAACGGUGACGUCAACGGUGACGUCAAUGGCGGGAAGGAUGGCGCCAAUAUGGCCGCCGGGGGCAAUGGUGAUGUCAGCGGGGUCAGUGGUGAUGUCAUCAAGGUCAGUGGUGAUGUCAUCAAGGUCAAUGGAAGUGUCAACGGGGUCAACGUUGACGUCAACGGUGACAUCAUAGGGGUCAACGGUGAUGUCAAGGGGGUCAAUGGAAGCAUCAGUGGGGUCAACAGUGAUGUCACGGGGGUCAACAGUGACGUCAUCAGGGUCAGCAGUGAUGUCAUAGGGGUCAACGGAAGCAUCAACGGUGACGUCAAUGGCGACAAGGCCAAAGUCAAUAUGGCCGCCGGGGUCAACGGGAGCGUCACUGGGGUGGGUGAUGACGUCACCAAGGUCAACGGUGACGUCAGCGGUGACGUCAGCGCCAAGAUGGCCGCCGGGGACAAGAUGGCCGCCGGCAGAUCUGCCAUAGAGGGGAAGGGCGGCACCAAGGGGCCGGUGGGGCGGGGCCACCCCGUGGGCGGGGCCUCGUGGCUCCUCCCCCUGCUGCUCUGGCCCCUCCUCUAAGGGGGGAGGGGGUAAACAAGCCCCGCCCCCCAAUCACAGGAGCCAAUAAACGGUUGUGGUGGAAUAA